UAAAGUGUCCAUAUAAUGACAAUGAGCAACUCUGCAGGGGCUGCUGGACUGGGUGGAGUCAGGAAUGAGUGGAAAGAGGAGGAGGAGGUGAAAGGGGAAGUCCUCUCAGUCGCAGUAGCGUUAAAUCUCCACACCCUUUUACCCGGAAACAACAGGGCUCAGCUGCGUGUCAACUUGUACAAGUUUGUCCAAAUGGCGAUGAUUUCAGAGUUCCUGGGACAACUGACCCUCACUACUGGGGCCGAGGAGCCCAAAUACCCAACAGUUUUGCCUGCUGUGGACUUUGACCCCGACAAGGAUGCUGCAAGGAUAGAGACAGCCAUCAAAAUUAAAGGUGUGGACGAGCAGACCAUCAUCAACGUUCUGACAAAGCGGACCUACUCUCAGAGGAGGGAGAUAGCGUUUGCUUAUGAAAAGAGAGCAAAGAAGGACAUGAUCUCAGCCCUGAAGGGGGCACUUUCUGGCUCUCUGGAGUCUGUCAUACUGGGCCUGAUGAAGAGCACGUCCCAGUACGACGCCUCAGAGAUCCGAGGAUCCAUCAAGGGGCUGGGGACUGACGAAGAAACGCUGAUAGAGAUUCUGUGCUCACGCAGCAACUCUGAGCUGCAGGAUAUCAAGCAAGUCUACAAGGAGUUGUUCAAGAAGGACCUGGACAAAGACGUUGCAGGGGACACGUCUGGGAACUUUGCAAAGCUGCUGCUGGCACUGGUGCAGACCAAGCGGGAGGAGCCGUCCUCCUUGAUAGACAACGAGAAGAUAGAUCAAGACGCCAAAAAACUCUACGACGCCGGCGUGAAGGUGAAAGGAACCGACGUGGCCACUUGGAUCUCCAUCAUGACGGAGAGGAGCGUCCCACACCUGCAGAGAGUGUUCCAGCGCUACAAGAGUUAUAGUCCCUACGACAUGCAGGAGAGCAUCAUGAAGGAAGUCAAAGGAGAUCUACAGAAGUCAUUCCUGGUUCUAGUGCAGAGCUUUGAAAACAAACAGUUGUUCUUUGCCAACAGACUGCACGAUGCCAUGAAGAGUAAAGGAGCCAAGGAGAAGGUGGUGACCAGAAUCAUUGUAUCGCGCUGUGAGGUGGACCUGAAGAAGAUCUGCUCGGAAUACAAAGCACACCAUGGCCAGUCUCUUCACAAGACCAUCAUGGAACACACCAAAGGAGACUACCAGAAGGUUCUACUCAGCCUCUGCGGACCGGACGAGUAAAUGACCAAAUCAGUGGUCAGCAUCACUUUCCACUCGUGAAGAUAACUGGAACUAAAAUAUUCCAACAUCUAUAUGAAGAAUCUGUAUAUGUUUUAUUGCAGCAAUAAAGUGACACGCCUUAAGAUUC